AUGCCGAAGACCAAGCCCGCCAACCAGGGCGCCAAGCCCGGCCGCGACUUCCUGGUGUCACCCUCUGCACAGCGGGUGGAGGCGGACGUGCCCCGCCUCGAGGUGCCGCGCGAUGAGGACGACUGGCGCUACGCGCAGUCCUUUGACGUGGACGACGAGGGCGCCGCGGCUUUCUAUCGAACGUUUGGCUUCGUCGUCUUCCGGGGCGUGCUAGACGAGGCGGAGACCGAGGCCUCUCGCCAGGACAUCCUCUCGUACGUGCAGAGCAUCUGCCCCGACUUUCGCGCGGACGACACGGCGACGUGGACCGCCUGGAAGAGCAAGGUGUUCGGCACUCCCAACGUUGGCGACUCGUCGGCAAUCUGGCGCAAGCAGCUGGUGAGGAAUCGGCACCACCCGCGCGUCGCCGCCGGCUUCGCGACGGCGCUCGGCUGCGAGGCGCCCUCGCUGCUGUGCAACCACGACCGCUGGGCGUUCUACCGGCUGGGCGAGCGGACGCGGCGCAACGUGCAUCUCGACAUCAACCCGUGGCAGCAUUACGCGCACGAGGGCGCCCGCGUGCGCGCGGCCUUCGCCGCGGCGGACUUCCGCUCGCACGAGGCGCUCUUCAAGCAGAACAACUGCAUCACGCGCGCGCUGGGCCCGCACGCGCAGGGCACGCUCGCGCUUAGCGACAACCAGGCGGAGGACGCGGGCUUCCUCUGCGUCCCCGGCUCGCACGCGGUCUUCGAUGAGUGGGUCGAGGCGCUCGGCCCCGAGCCCGCGCACGAGAGCGGCUUCCGCUACGACUACGCCGACCACUCGCACCUGCCAAAGAGGGCUGGGCGACGAGCAGUAACACAGAACGCAUCACCAAACAAACUCGUGCCCGUGCUGCGCCGCCACGCGCCGAGCCCGAGCGCCCUCGUGCCGACUGCGGCCUUAUCGCGCCUCCCAACGACCACCGCCACGGGCGCUUCGAAAUCGCCGAUUUUCACUCUGAAAACCAGUCACGCAGCCAGCGGCGACACACUCAUCCAGCUACAGAUCAACCUCACGACGGGGUUCUCCAAGGAGGUGCUGGCCGCGCUCAAGCGGCUCGUCAACGGGUACAGUGUGUCGCCGGCGAAGCUAAUCAUGGACGACGUCGACGACGAGAGCAUGGACAUGGACGAGCUCGUGUUCCGACCCAAUCCUGUAGAGCGUCUCGAGCUCAGCAACUCGGACUACGUGGAGUCGGCGCAUUAG